UCUGCAAACACCGGCUAUAUAUUUCAGUUUAUUUAUUUAUUUUUUUCCAGUUCAGCCUGUCUCUGUUCUAAUCCAACUAUAUGUCUCGGACAUCUCUUUUUUCCCUCUUUAGCCGGACUCCGGGGGCAUGUUUGACACAAAGCGUCUUCCCGGCAGAUUCCGUCGACGAGAAGACUGAGAUUGCGAUCUAACAUCCUCUUCCUCCGGCUCUUCUGUUCGAUUGCAGGAAACGAGUCGAGUAUUUGGUGGUAUACUUGGGAAUUCCGUAACUUUGUUGGUAUUUGGCAUACUUAAUACUCUCCAUGCAAUUGCCUUGAUACUGAAUUUUCUUUAGUAACAAAGAUCGGAUCUUUCUUUCUUUUUCGACAUACUUUUCUAACAAGCGGAGGGUUUUGAAUACUAAUCAUGAAAUGGAUAUAGGUAGAAUUUAGUUUUUUGAUUUGAUUAGAAGAAUAAUUGGAGAGAGAUUGAUUGCGUGAAGCUAUGAAUUUGAUUUCUGGGGACUUGGAGCAUUAUAGGCACUAAUGUAUUGAUUAUCUCUCUUGGAGGAUUUAUUUGGUUUUAUGGGAUUAAGUUAAAGAUAGUCAACAUGACAAAAAAAGUUUGUCUGGGUCACUUUUCAAUGGGGGAGGAGAAGGCAGAGCAAGAAGAAGUGGCAGAGAGUACGAUAGUAAAUACCAGGGAAGGAGCGCAUGAUAGUGGUCGUCAAUUUAGAUCAAGUGAUUUGUUUUUCCCUGGUCUUAAUGAUGACGUUGCAUUGGAGUGCCUUGCUCGGGUUUCUCGGUCAGAUUACCCUUCGUUAUCAUGCAUAAACAAGAGAUAUCAUAGUUUGUUAAAGAGUGGGUCUUUGUAUGAGUUGAGGAAGCAGUUGGGGAUUGUGGAGCAUUGGGUAUACUUGGUUUGUGAUCCUAGAGGGUGGGAGGCAUUUGAUCCUUUCGGAAAGAGAUGGAUGACUCUGCCUAAGAUACCCUGUGAUGACUGUUUUAAUCAUGCGGAUAAGGAGUCAUUGGCUGUGGGCAGUGAAUUGUUGGUUUUCGGCCGUGAAAUGUUUGAGUUCGCAAUUUGGAAGUAUAGUUUGAUUUCUAGUAGUUGGGUCAAGUGUGAGGGAAUGAACCGUCCUCGAUGUUUGUUUGGGUCUGGUUGCUGUGGAUCCAUUGCUAUUUUGGCAGGAGGGACUGAUAAGAAUGGGAAUGUCUUGAAAUCGGCAGAGUUGUACGACUCCUCAUCUGGUAGAUGGGAACUGUUGCCGAACAUGCACACACAGCGAAAACUGUGUUCUGGUUUUUUUAUGGAUGGAAAAUUCUAUGUUAUUGGUGGGAUGUCAGGUCCUACAGUUUCAUUGACUUGUGGGGAGGAGUAUGAUCUUGAGACGAGGGAAUGGAGGAAGAUAGAGGGGAUGAGUCCAAAUGUUAGUACAGCAGCUCACGCACCUCCUCUUGUUGCGGUUGUAGGCAAUCAGCUAUAUGCAUUUGAGUCUUUGACUAACAUGGUGAAAAAGUAUGACAAAGUGAAGAACACCUGGGAUGAGUUGGGAAGGCUUCCAGUUAGGGCUGAUUCUUCAGAUGGCUGGGGCUUGGCCUUUAAGGCCUGCGGUGAGGAACUUUUGGUUGUGGGUGGGCAAAGAGUCCCAGAAGGUGUGGCUAUUGUGCUGAAUUCAUGGUCUCCGAAGUCGGGUGUUAAUAAUGGAAACUUGGAUUGGAAGGUCCUUGGUGUCAAGGAGAAUGUUGGGGUGUUUGUAUACAAUUGUGCAGUUAUGGGUUGUUGAGGACUAUUUGAUUGAUUCAACUCGGUAUCUACAAUUCAACCUGGCAUUAUAGGGUUCUUCCUCUCACAUUAAUUUGAUUAACUGGAGUUAAUUAUCACUGAGAAAGCUUCUACCAAGCUGAGAAUUCAACUUUUGCUCUCUAAAGACAGAUUCAAGAGCAUGUUUCACAUUAUGAAUCUGUAUCUGAUUUGCUUUUCAUAGUAUCAAGCAGGUAUUCUCUGGUAAUGUUCUGAUUUCCAUCUUAUUCUUCUAGUUGUAUUUUCAUUUACCUGCCAGAUAACUAAAAUCAAUUAACAGCAAAGCUUUAUUGUUUAA